GCAGCAGCAGCAGCAGCAGCAGGAGGAGGAGGAAACAAGAUGGCGGAGCUGCGAGUGCUGGAGCUGUUCAGCGGGAUCGGGGGGAUGCACUUCUCCCUCAGAGAGAGCGGUGUUCCUGCCCGAGUCGUCGCUGCCGUCGACAUCAACCCAACGGCCAAUCAGAUUUACCGACACAACCUGCCGGACACGCCGCUCUGGAACAAAACCAUCGAGGGAAUCACGCUGGACGACUUCAACCGGUUGAACUUCAACAUGAUCCUGAUGAGCCCGCCGUGUCAGCCCUUCACCAGGAUUGGUCUCCAGGGAGAUCUUUCUGACUCCAGAACCAAGAGUUUCCUUCACAUCCUGGAUCUCCUGCCCAGGCUGCAGAAUCGUCCGCGCUUCCUCCUGCUGGAGAACGUGAAAGGGUUCGAGACGUCGGCUGCCAGGAACCAGCUGGUAAAGACUCUGACCGGUUGUGGGUACGAGUUCCUGGAGCUGCUGGCGUCUCCCACCUGUGUCGGGAUCCCAAACUCCAGGCUGCGCUACUUCCUGUUGGCCAGAAGUUCAGAAGUUCUGGUCCAGGUUCCCCCCGAGGGCCAGAUCCUGACCCUGCUCUCCUGCCCCGCCUCCACCUGCCUCUCCUGCCCCGGUAAGAACCGGCCGGGACAGGAAGUCCCCAACACCCACUUCCUGUUCAAGCGGGAGACGGCGGAGGAACUGCAGAGGAAGAAGCGGCAGGACCAGGACUCCUCCGUCAGGCGGAUCCUGGACUUCCUGGAACCAGAACCGGAGCAGGAACUGGAACCAGAAUCCCUCCUGUUGCCCCAGAAGACGCUGCUACGCUACGCUAACAUCCUGGACAUCGUCCAGCCGGAGGCCCGGAGGUCCAGCUGCUUCACCAAGGGGUACGGCAGGUAUGUGGAGGGAACCGGUUCGGUUCUGCAGACCUGCCUGGAGGAAGAGGUGGACCGGGUCUACUCAGGUCUGGACCAGCUUCCUGACGACCAGAAACUGCAGCAGCUGCAGAAACUGAAGCUCCGAUACUUCAGUCCCCGAGAGGUUUCCAACCUGAUGGGCUUUCCCCGGAGCUUUGAAUUCCCCCCGAGCGUGUCCACUCUCCAGCGGUACCGGGUUCUGGGAAACAGUCUGAACGUGGUUCUGGUGGGUCGGCUGAUCCGGUUCCUGGUCUCCCAGAACCCCCUGCAGGUUCUGGACGGGUCCCCGGUUCUGGUUCCUGGUUCUGGUUCCUGAUCCGGU